AUGAUACGUAUUGAAAUAAAAAAUCCAACUAUUGAUAUAUAUGAGAAAUUAGCAGCUAAUAACUAUUCAAUAGAAUGUGACUGUUCAGAAACAUCCGUUCCUCAUAAAGAAUUCAUCAGUCUUCAACCGAUUUAUCAUCAAGUUUGUUCGAGUGAUUUUGUUACGCAACGUUGGAUUGAUUAUCUAUACGAUUCAACUAAACAUUCGUUCUAUUUGCAUGCUGAUUUUCGUUCGACCGCUAUGCAACAAUUUCAACUACUGGCUAUUUUUUGUCAAUUAAGUAUUCAAGAAACUGAAGAUGAUCUUGACUUGUUUUUUCAUACUGAAAUUAUUAGUGGCAAACUAAUGAGUAAAGAUUUUCUUUUAGCUGACGCUUACUCUCGUAUUAACGCAUCCAAGAGAAAUGCGCCUGAUGCAUUUGAUUAUAAACUAAUGUUUAUUCGUGAGAUGAUUGCAGGCAAUGUUCUCUUAUCAUCAACCGCAACUAUUUUCCAAUUUAACUUUGAAUAUUGGGAUUCCUUAUCCGGAGCUAGAUGGGUGCUUACCAAUGGUGAUGUUACUUUUUUUCAAUCGGACAAGUCUUUUUGUAUUUGUAAGGAACAGUUUACAUGUUCUACACCUGCAGUAUUCUUAGAUAAUAGUAAUAAUUCGUCUGCUUAUUUUUAUAUUAUCGAUGGAUGGUAUAUUGGAUGUCGACCAAUUGAUUCACUUCUUUCGUCAACAUUAAAAACUUUUUAUAAUCAAGCAAUGAUUAAUUCAUUGUUAAGAUAUUUUAAUAAUAUACCAUCAAAUUUUACAUGUUUAGAUGCAAAUAAAGAAAGUAUAUUUGAUUUGAAUACUAAUCUGUCAAUUAUUAUUAAAUCAGGUUUUAUUGAAAAAUGGAUUGAAAAUAUAAACUAUUCAUUAUAUUUUAAUCGUUGUGCACCACAACUGUGUUUCUAUACAAUCAACAAACGUUUCAACAUUUAUUAUAUUAUAACUGCAAUUAUUAGUGUAUACGGUGGUCUUUCUACUGUUCUAAGUCUUAUAAUUCCAAGUAUUGUAAAAUCAAUAACUCAACAUAAUGCAGAAACAUCUCCCAGAGAUUACUCUUUUAGACGACUGAAACAAUUAAUUAUUACUUGGCUUCGACAACUUAUUCCUGCUCUUAUCAAAAUAAAUCUUUUCCGUUCAUCGAUACGUCUUGAACCUUCAGAUAUUUAUCAACAACGAUGGUCAACUCGAUUUUACAUUACUUUCUUGUCAAUUUUUUUUAUCAUUAUAACAAUAUACACAGCAGCAACAAAAGAAACAGUUCAUACAGAGUUAAUUGAACCUUCGUUCGAUGAAGUCUUAAAUCUUCAGCAACAAACUAAUUUAUCAUCUCUUCAAUGUCCAUGUUCUAAACUUUCUUCAUUGUAUAAUUAUUCAAUUAAAUUAACUCCUACCUAUCACGAAAUAUGUGACAGCGACUUCGUAUCGGACGCAUGGAUUCGUCUAAUGCUACCUUUAGAGCAUUAUCAUCCCUACAAUUUUGAACAAAAUGGACCUAUUUUUAAACUCCUUCAAUCAUUUUGUAAAUUAGCCAAGAUAACAAUAAAUAAUGCUCUUAAUAUAUUCUAUGCAAGCCAAUUAGUUACUCCAAAUCUAAUCACCGAAGAUCUCUUCAAAUCUCUAAUGAUUUCUGAAUGCGAAUAUUUUAAACAUGUUACACCUAAUCGUUUUUCUUAUCUCUUGGAAUUCACACGUCAAACAAUGAAAGUUAAUCAAUUUACCUAUGGUAUAUAUACAAAUUAUUAUAUAUUGAUGGAAAAUAAUACAGGGCAUGUGUUAGUUUACAUUCAUUUUCGUGGCAGCUGGUAUUAUCAUAUUAACGAAAUUUUUUGUUCCCUUAUGUUUGACCCAGCUUGUAUAUUACAAACAGUUUUAUAUACCAAGAAUAUAUACGGACAUAUCAUAGAGAAACUUUUAUCUGGCUUCUACACAUCCGCAUUCUAUGUUAAUUCAUUACUAUUAACACAACUCCAAUGUUUGUAUAAUCAAUCGUGUGUUAACAUUAUUAAUAGUGUAAUUGCCGAUCCAUUUUAUCCAUUUAAUUUCACAGCAUUAUCUCAAACAAGUCGCUUUUCAAAUAACGUCACUAUUGAUUUUCUUUCAAAGCAUUUAUUUACUGAGUCUUGGUCGCAAACCCCAAGCUAUAUGGGCUAUUUUGAACAAUGUCAACCUCAUUCAUGUUCGUACACAACCAGUCAACGACGUACUUUCGUUUUACUCAUGAUGACUGUCAUUGGUUUGUCUUCUACUGUAUCUAUUAUUCUUCGAUUUAUAUCACCAUUUAUUAUAUCUUUUAUUCUUAAACAUUGUCGACGAACACAACAAACAAGCUCUUCUGACGAUACUCAACGAGUUAUAGGUCAUUUUUCUAUUCGAACAUAUAUCGUUAAUGUGUGGAGAAAAUCUCAUCAAUACAUUACGACACUAAAUAUAUUCGAGAAUGUUGAUAAGCCUAAUCCAUCUGAUGAAGAAUUAAAUGCUCAACGAAAAUGGACACGUGCAUACAUCGUCGUAUUAAUCGUAAUAAUGGCUAGUGUCAUUUAUAUUACCAUGCUGUCUUAUCAAACAGUUACAACCAUUGUGGACAAACCAACAUUAGAUGAAUAUGCAAAUCUACGAAAGUCAGCUGAUUGUCUUUGCACCAACCUGUCUAUUCCUUAUCACACUUUCAUUAACUUCAAUCCACAAUUUCACGAAGUAUGCAAAAGCCAUUUUAUUGAAUUAAAUGGUGAAUGGAUGUCAUUACUUUAUAAUUCGUAUACAGAUCAACUACCUAAUAAACGAAACCGUCGUACAUUUCAAGGUAUGGCAAUAUUUCAUUUUCAGGCAAUACAAGCAAUGUGUAGAAUGGUUAUAAUGGCUGUCAACAAUGAACUUACUCUCUUUUUGAACUCGACUUUAACCACUGUUGAAAUACUUGAAUCAGAUUUAUUUGAAAAGAAAAUAAAUGCUACUAUCAACAAUUUUUGCUUAAAUACGAUGCGCUCAAAUUUUCUUUAUUCGUUACAAUUGAUUCGGAAUAUGUACUCUGGAAAUGGUUUAAUUUCAGCACUUACUACAAGCUGGUAUCCAGUGGUUGCAUUUAAAGCAACUAUUGGAACGCUCUAUAUGCAAGCUCAAGAAUAUAAUCUAUCAUCAUGUAACUGUGCGACAAUGCCAGCUUGUGUGGAACCAAUAUCUCUUAAAUUGAACUCAGGAUCUAACUGGACAGUACCGGGAAUGAUGAUUGGUUGUUUACCUCUUGAAUCAAUGCUUGAGUCAACAUUAGAAUGUAUAUAUGAUCAAGAUUGUCUCGAUACAAUAACUGAAACGUUAUUGGCUAAGUCGAUACGACCGCUUUCCUCUACUCGAACUCGCUUUAAACCAAUUAACACGACAAAACUUACAAUAAUUGCUAGUGAACUAUUUAUCGAAGAUUGGGGUGUUGAAUUUGCUUAUGAAAAGUAUUUUGCUAGUUGUCAACCUAAAACUUGCUCGUAUACAUCGUUAGAACGAUUCCGUAUUAAGGAUUCAAUGGGUACAAUUUUCACCAUCUAUGGUGGUAUCUGUAUUUUACUUCAAUUUAUUAUUCCGAUUGGAUUUAAAUUGGUAUAUAAAUGUUUUUCUCAACGAAAUAGACAAAUUACAGCAAUGGAUACUACUUAA